AUGGUAUUGAAAUCUACUUCCGCAGGGAAUGUCUCUGUAUAUCAAGUGUCAGGAAGUAAUGUAUCUCGUUCGUUACCUGAUUGGAUCGCCAAAAAAAGAAAGAGAGCUUUAAAAAACGACAUAGAGUAUCAAAAUCGUAUUGAAUUAAUUCAAGAUUUCGAGUUUAGUGAAGCUUCUAAUAAGAUUAGAGUUACUCCAGAUGGUCAGUAUGCAAUGGCUACUGGUACUUAUAAGCCACAAAUACAUGUUUAUGAUUUUGCAAAUUUAUCAUUGAAAUUCGAUAGACAUACCGAUUGUGAAAAUGUCGAUUUUCUUAUUUUAUCUAAUGAUUGGACCAAAUCAGUUCACUUACAAAACGACAGGUCUAUUGAGUUUCAUACAAAAGGUGGUAUUCACUAUAGGUCUAGAAUUCCAAAGUUUGGAAGAAGCAUGGCCUAUAAUGCAUCCAGCUGUGAUUUAUUGGUUGGUGCAUCAGGUAAUGAAUUAUACAGAUUAAAUUUAGAUAAGGGUCGCUUCUUGAAUCCUUACGUUCUAGACACGAAGGGUGGUGUUAACUCUGUUGAUAUCAAUCCGGUUCACGGAUUAGUUACAGCUGGUUUGGAAGAUGGAACUGUUGAAUUUUGGGAUCCUAGAAGUAGACAAAGAGCAGCCAAAUUAUUUGUUGGAGAUCAAUUAAAUGAAACCGUUGAGAUUACUGCAACUUCUUUCCGUAACGAUGGUUUAAAUUUUGCAUGUGGUACAUCUAAUGGUAAAUCAUUAAUCUAUGAUUUGAGAACUUCAACACCUUCUAUAAUAAAGGAUCAAGGUUAUGGCUAUGGUAUCAAAAAGAUAAUAUGGUUAGAUGAGAACUCCUCAGAUUCCAAUAAAAUCUUAACGACAGAUAAAAGAAUUGCCAAAAUUUGGGAUAGAAACGAUGGUAAACCUUUCGCCUCGAUGGAGCCAAGUGUAGAUAUUAAUGAUAUUGAAUAUAUUAAAAAUUCAGGUAUGUUUUUCAUGGCAAAUGAAGGAAUGCCAAUGCACACAUACUACAUUCCAAACUUAGGUCCUGCACCAAAAUGGUGUUCAUUCUUAGACAAUGUUACUGAAGAAUUAGAAGAAAAGCCAUCAGAUUCCGUCUAUUCUAACUAUAGAUUCAUUACUAGAGAUGAAGUCUCCAAGUUAAAUAUAUCACAUUUAAUCGGUUCCAAGGUUUUGCGUUCUUAUAUGCAUGGUUUUUUCAUUGAUACUGAGUUGUAUGAUAAGGUUAACUUGAUUGCUAAUCCUAACUCUUAUCGAGACCAGAGAGAAAGAGAAAUUAGAAAAAGAAUCGAAAAAGAAAGAGAAUCCAGAAUCAGAUCUACAGGAGCUAUUACUAAUACAAAGAUUAAAGUUAAUAAAGAUUUGGCCUCUAAAUUACAAGAAAAGAAAGGCUCCACCGAUGCCGAAACCGUUAUUAAUGAUGAUCGUUUCAAGGAAAUGUUCGAAAAUCCAGAGUUUGCUAUUGAUGAACAAUCUCAUGAAUAUAAGCAACUUAAUCCUGUUAAAUCUACAAAAGAUAUUUCAGCGCCUGCUUUAACAGCUGCUGAAGAAUCUGAUGAAGAAAGAUUAAACCUCAAUAAUGGAAAUGCCAACGAAUCCAGCUCGGAUUCUGAUUCUGAAUCGGAAGAAGAUGAAGAAGAUGAAGAAACCAGAAAGUUACAUAACCAAAAGGUUCAGAAGGAAAUGGAGAAAUUACGUCGUAAGAAACAAGCACAAGAAGAAUCUAACCGCUUUAUGAAUGAGAUGAAGGCUAUGACAGAGGAUAACACUAAGCAAAAAGCUGUUGAAUCUUUUGGUUCUCAAUUACUGAAGAAUAGUAAAAUUCAAAAGCCAAAGCAUUCCAACAAUGACUCUAGAUUGCGUCGUCAUGCCAGAGGAGAAGCCGAGCUCACUUUUGUUCCCCAAAAGCUGGAGAAAAAGCCAAAAGUUAGGUUUGAAUCUGACAACUCAGAAGAUCCCGAAAGCCUCAAAAAUUCUGGAAGAACAAAGCAAAGAUUUGAUGGACGUAGAAGAGCCUCUAAGAAUGCUUUCCGUGGUAUGUAG